CAUUAGAUAAGGCCGGAGUGCCGCCCAGAAGGUGGGAGCUGUUUCUGAACGUGGCCAACGGGCUGCUGCACUGACUGUACAGCGAGCCUGUCAAACACAAGCAACACAGCCAACAUGGCGGACUGGGACGCUGACAACUUCGAGCCGGAGGAACCGAUUAAAAAGGCGGCAGCGCUGGACAAAUGGGAAGGCGAGGACGAAGAUGAAGAUGUUAAGGACAACUGGGACGAUGAUGAAGAAGAUGAAGAGAAAAAAACAGAUGUGAAGAAACCAGAACCAAAGGUUUCUGAAAAGAAAAAGCUUAGUGAAAAGAUAAAAGAGAAAGAAAACCGGAUGAAGAAGAAACAACAGGAGGCAGUGGAACAGCAAGAAGAAGACGAGCUCACUCCUGAAGAACAGCUGGCAGAAAAAUUAAGAGUGAAGAAAUUACAGGAAGACGCAGACUUGGAGCUAGCAAAAGAUGCUUUUGGUGUUGGCAGCACUUCAAACAGUGUCACUGGAAUUGAUGCCAUGUGUCCAUCUUCCAAAGAAGACUUCACAGAGUUUGAAAAAAUGCUAAAAGAAAAGAUAACCCAGUUUGAAAAAUCUGUGCAUUAUUCAAGUUUCUUGGAGUCAUUGUUUCGGGAACUUUGUAUUUCAUUGGAAGUAGAUGACUUGAAGAAAAUCAGUAAUUCCCUGUCAGUCCUACUUAGUGAAAAACAGAAACAAGAAAAACAAAACAAAGGAAAAAAGAAGAAGAAGGGGGUCUUAGCUGGAGGUGGUUUGAAAGCACAGCUCAAAGAUGACCUUGACUAUGCAGCGUUUGAUGGAGGCUACGCCCAAGACUAUGAGGACUUCAUGUGACACUGGCUUCAUCACUACUGCCCUUUCCCCUUCUCCCGACUGUCAGAAAUGCAGCUGUACCUUCUCAUGCUGUCCAGUGCCAUCCUGGAAAAUCUGAACUGUGUCUUGCCCCCUUCAUUUUGCUUCAGUGACCAGAGGGACUAUACCAGGGAGCAUCCAGUCUCACCACUCACGGGUUUUUUUUCUUCUUCUUCUUUUCUCCUUCCAUGCAAAUGGAAUUGCCUUUUCUCUCUCAUUCAGCCUCAACUCACAAACAAAUCACGCGGAAUCUGUUGCUCGACCCAGCUACAACGGAGAAUACUACCAUAACUGCUGUUAUCUGAGUUUUGCAGGGCUUGUUUUUUGUUUUGGUUUUUUUGUUUCUUUUUAAAUUAAAUGUUGCUCCUGUCAAAAUGUCAGAUACAGUAUUGCAGUUAUAAGUCUAGUGACAUAGAAACACAUGGUUCUAUGCAAAUCCUUUAAACAGAAUGUCAUGUAUAUAUUAUAGGUCUCACUUACCUGUGGAUGAUUUUCUUACAGGCAAGUGUAUAUAGUAUCUAUAACUUCAGUUGCCAAAUGCAGACAAUUAUUCAGUCCAUUAUUCAUCUUUAUUUCUGGAAAGGUUGCAUUGUGGGAGACUGACGCAAUAUGAACGUAGUAGUUGUAAGCUUGCAGAGAGCACACAACAUUCACUGUAAGAUAAAAGGGAUAGAGAAGUAUAAUAAAUGUGACUUUAAAACCUCA